AUGGCUAUUUUUAUUAUAGUUUUUUGUGUAAUUUACAGUUUAUUUUUCUUCUCAUCUGCUUUGUUGAGAUUAAAUGUGCUUAGAUAUAGGAAGAAAGGUUUACCACCUGGUACCAUGGGUUGGCCUAUUCUUGGUGAAACCUCUGACUUUCUUAAGCAAGGUCCUAACUUUAUGAAUAACCAAAGAUCAAGAUAUGGGAAUAUAUUCAAAUCCCACAUAUUAGGGUGCCCAACAAUAGUAUCAAUGGAUCCAGAAAUAAACAGGUUCAUAUUAUGGAAUGAAUCAAAAGGAUUAAUACCAGGAUAUCCUCAGUCUAUGCUUGAUAUUCUUGGAAAAUGCAACAUUGCUGCUGUUCAUGGUUCCACCCAUAAAUACAUGAGAGCUGCCCUUCAUUCCAUUAUUAACCCUUCAAAGAUUAGAGACACUAUUCUCCCUAUUUAUGAUGACUUCAUGAGAUCCCAUCUUAGUAAUUGGCAAAAUCAUGUCAUUGACAUCCAACAAAAGACUAAGGAGAUGGCUUUCUUCGCUUCUUUAAAGCAAAUUGCUGGUAAUGAAUCAACUUCAAUUGCCAAAGAUUUAAUGACUGAGUUUGCCAAGCUUGUUGAUGGGACUUUAUCUCUCCCUAUUAACCUUCCAGGCACCAAUUACCAUAGGGGUUUUCAGGCAAGGAAAGUCAUAGUGAAUAAAUUAGCAAAACUUAUAGAGGAGAAAAGAUCAUCACAGGGAAGAGAAGUUGAUAUGCUUAAUUGUCUUCUAAAAGAAGAUAAUAAUUAUAAAUUAGAUGAUGAAGAGAUCAUUGAUCUUAUAAUUACCCUUCUUUAUUCUGGUUAUGAAACUGUCUCCACUACUUCAAUGAUGGCUAUCAAGUACCUCCAUGAGCAUCCCCUUGCUCUUGAUCAACUUAGAAAAGAGCAUUUGGCAAUAAGAGCAAAAAAGAAGCCAGAAGACCCAAUUAAUUGGGAAAAUUACAAAGCUAUGAAGUUUACUAGAGCUGUUAUCUUGGAGACUUCCAGAUUGGCCACAAUUGUUAAUGGGGUGUUGAGGAAAACAACUAAAGACAUGGAAAUAAAUGGUUUUGUAAUCCCUAAAGGUUGGAGAAUAUAUCUUUAUGCAAGAGAAGUAAACUAUGAUCCAUAUUUGUACCCUGACCCACUCUCCUUUAACCCAUGGAGAUGGCUGGAUGGAAGCACCGAGUCCCAACAUUACUUUUUAGCAUUUGGUGAUGGAACAAGGCAAUGCCCUGGGAAGGAAUUAGGAAUUACUGAAAUUUCUAUAUUCCUUCAUUAUUUUCUUACUAGAUACAAAUGGGAAGAAAUUGAAGGUAACAAGUUGCUAAAGUUCCCUAGAGUGGAAGCACCAAAUGGGUUUAGAGUUCAAGUUUCAACUUACUAA